UGUGUGUGGCAUGUCUAAGCAUUGAUUACAUUGUAAUCAAAAUCGCUACAGCCUUUAAUAGUAAAUUACCUGUAAUGUAACAUUAUUUUUGUCUUUCUGAUUUUAGAUACCUGGCAACAGGGGACUCCUACAAGUCCUUGGGGUACAGCUUUCGGGUUGGUGUUUCCACAAUCUCACGCAUCGUGCCAGAGGUCGCAAAUGCCAUCUGGGAUGGCUUUGUGAGCACUCACAUGCAGAUGCCAAAAGAGGAGGAAUGGAGAGCCAUCGCAGAGGAGUUCGAGAAGGAGUGGGACUUUCCCAACUGCAUUGGUGCGAUAGAUGGGAAACACGUCACGAUCCGGGCUCCACCCUGCUCAGGUUCCAUGUACCACAAUUAUAAGGGGACCUUCUCGAUUGUGUUGCUGGCAGUAGUGGAUGCAAACUACUGUUUCCGGAUGGUGGACGUCGGUGCCUAUGGGAAAGGGAGUGAUGGCGGUACCCUGAGAGCAUCUGCCUUCGGAAAAGCCCUUCAAGCAGGCACACUCCACAUCCCAGCUGACAGAAGCCUUCCUGGUGCUCCCGAGCUUGGUGAGAUGCCACACGUGUUUGUGGGGGACGAGGCCUUCCCUCUGCAGAAGCACAUCAUGAGGCCCUACCCUGGAAACAACCUGACAAGGCAGAAGCGGUUGUUUAACAACCGUCUGUCUCGGGCUCGUCUGGUGGUCGAGUGUGCCUUUGGGAUCCUUGCAUCCAGGUUCCGCAUGUACUACCGAGUGAUGGGGCAAAAUCCUGAGCAUGUGGAAGCCUGUGUAAAGGCAACCUGCAUCCUCCACAACCUGCUGAGGUCAACAGAGGCCACACGUCCAUCAAGUGACGAAGCAGUCCCCUUGGAAGGAGGCAGGCGUCUUGGAACCAACAACUCCACCAAGGAAGUGAUGCAGGAGAGGGAGAGGUUCAUGACCUACUUCAACAGCGCUGCUGGUGAGGUUUCAUGGCAGAAUAAUGUAGUUUGAUACCAUCAUCUUCAUAAAAAAAGGUCCUUUUCAGGGCCA